AUGGAGAAAGGAGAAGGAGCUGAAUCAUCUGACAUGAGCUCAGGCUGGGAGAAAAUUUCCGACAAUUCUCAGUCUGGCGAGAGCAUGAACUCAGAAGCUUCGGCGUGGUGGAAGCAACAGGAUGAGAUCGUUAUCUCGGGAGUCUCGGGCCGAUUCCCAAGAUGCGAAAAUGUGAAGGAGUUUGGAGAUAUGCUUCUCGCUGGCGAGGAUCUUGUCACUGAAGACGACCUCAGAUGGCCGCCAGGCUUCUACGAUCUUCCAAAGAGACACGGAAAACUGAAGGAAUUGAAGAAAUUCGAUGCCCAAUUCUUCUCAGUUACACCGAAACAAGCAAACUUUAUGGACCCACAAGUUCGUAUAUUGCUGGAAGCUUCAUGGGAGGCGAUGGUCGAUGCAGGAAUCAACCCAAUCGAUCUUCGCGGCUCCAGAACUGGAGUAUUUGUUGGAUGUUCCGCUUCGGAAACAUCUGGAGCUUUGACGCAAGAUCCCGAAACCGUGACGGGCUACACGCUUACGGGAUGCGUGCGCUCCAUGUUUUCCAAUCGUAUCUCCUACACUUUCGAUUUGCAAGGACCAUCAUUCUCUGUUGAUACCGCCUGCUCGUCGUCGCUUUUAGCGCUUCAACUCGCCAUUGAUGCUAUCAGACAGGGGCAAUGUGACGCCGCUAUUGUUGCUGGUGCUCACCUCACGCUCACACCGACCGCCGCUCUUCAGUUCUUGAGAUUGGGCAUGCUCACGGACAAAGGAAGUUGUCGAUCAUUCGAUGAUUCCGGUGACGGUUAUUGCCGUACCGAAGGAAUUGCUGCUAUUUUCAUUCAACGCAAGCAGAAGGCGCAACGUAUCUAUGCUACCGUUCUUCACGCAAAAUCUAACACCGAUGGAUAUAAGGAGCAGGGCAUCACCUUCCCAUCAGGAGAACGUCAAGCUCAACUUCUCGAAGAAGUCUACACUGAGGCUGGAGUUGAUCCAAAUUCUGUGUACUACGUGGAAACUCAUGGAACUGGAACAAAAGUUGGAGAUCCACAAGAGGCUAACGCUAUCUGCCAAGUGUUUUGCUCCAAUCGUCAAACUCCACUUCUCAUUGGAUCCGUCAAAUCCAACAUGGGACAUGCUGAGCCAGCUUCCGGAGUUUGCUCAUUGGCCAAGAUCUGCUUGUCGAUUGAACGCCAAAUGAUUCCACCAAACCUUCAUUUCAACACCCCUAACCAAUACAUUCCGGGUCUUGUUGAUGGGCGAUUGAAGGUUGUCACGGAACCAACUCCUCUUCCAGGAGGUGUCAUUGGAGUCAACUCCUUCGGAUUUGGUGGAUCGAAUACUCACGUCAUCUUGAAGGCGGCUGACCACAGUGUCCCAGCUAUCGAGCCACCACCAUUCACCAAGAUCUUCACUUACAGUGGUCGUACACAAGAAGCUGUCGAGCACAUCUUCGAAAAUGUCGAAAACAGCCAAGACAAUUUGUACUUGCAAGCUUUGCUCUCGAACCAAGCUAAUCUUCCGGCGAAAGAUACCCCAUACCGCGGAUUCAUGCUUUUGAAUCGCGAAGGAGGACAACCACCGUUGAAGAACAUUAGCAAGGUUUCGAUCACUGAACCAAGACCAAUCUACUUCAUCUACUCUGGAAUGGGAUCGCAAUGGCCCGGAAUGGCUAUUGAGGCCAUGAAAAUUCCAAUUUUCAAAGAAUCGAUUCGCGCAUCGAGCAGGGCUCUCGAGGAGUUCGGAGUUGACGUCUACCAAAUGCUCUGCAAUCCGGAUCCAACUCAGUACCAAAACAACACAUUGAACUGCAUGUUGGCAAUCACUGCCAUCCAGAUUGCUUUGACUGACUGCAUGUUCGCUGUUGGUGUUACUCCGGACGGAAUCAUCGGACACUCCACUGGAGAAAUGGGAUGCGGAUAUGCCGACGGUGGAAUUACUCGUGAGCAGACCAUGCGUCUUGCUUACUACCGUGGAACCACAAUCAGAAAGCAUCCAGAAAUCAAGGGAGCUAUGGCGGCCGUCGGUCUAAGCUGGGACGAAGUGAAGAACCAAGCACCGGCAGGUGUUGUUCCUGCUUGCCAUAAUGGAACUGACUCAGUUACCAUUUCCGGAGAUGCCGACGCCGUCGAGAAGUUCUGCGCUCAACUCAAGGAGAAAGAUAUCUUUGCCAAAGUGGUCGACUCGUCUGGAAUUCCAUUCCACUCGCCAGCAAUGCUCGCUGUCAAGGAUGAAAUGCUUGAGAGCAUGAGAACUGCUGUUCCUGAGCCAAAGCCACGUUCGUCUCGUUGGAUUUCAACCUCUGUUCCAGAGGAAGAAUGGGAAUCUGAUUUGGCUGCCACUUGCUCUGCUGAUUACCACGUCAAUAAUGCUUGCUCUCCAGUGUUGUUCUACGAGGCUAUUCAGAAGAUCCCAGCAAACGCUGUAACGAUUGAAAUGGCUCCACAUUCGCUAAUGCAAGCUAUUCUUCGCCGCAGUCUUCAAAAAACUGUUAUCAAUGUUGGAUUGAUGAAUCGUCCAAGAAGUGAGAAUGACAAUGAGCUCGAGAGCUUCUUGAGUUCGCUCGGAAAAAUCUACCAGGCAGGAGUCAACAUCCGAAUCUCCGAAUUGUACCCAGGAGGUCAAUACCGCGGUCUUGUGCCAAAAGGAACUCCAAUGAUUGGACCAAUGUGGAAAUGGGAUCAUUCCGUCGACUGGCCAACUAUUGAUGGACGUAAUAUGACCACUGCAAGCGGUGGAUCAAUUCCAGCUUCUGCUACUUAUAACAUCGAUCCAUUUGGCGCCGACUCAAAGGAAGCCUACCUUCUUGAUCACGUGAUUGAUGGACGUGUUCUUUAUCCGUUCACUGGACACAUGGUUCUUGCAUGGAAGACAUUGUGCAAGCUGAAGGGAGUUGAUUUCCAAAAGACACCAGUUGUCUUCGAGAACAUCAACGUCUAUUCUGCCACGAUUGUAACGAAGCCAAUCAAACUCGAUGUUGUUCUUACCCCAGGAAAUGGCUACUUUGAGAUCAUCUCCGACGAGCAAGUGGCCGCUUCGGGAAAAAUCUAUAUUCCUGAUGAGAAACAGCCAUUCUACUACGGAAAGUUGGAGGAUAUUCGCACUUCUGAAAUUGCCGAUCGCAUUGAGCUUGACACGGAAGACGCUUACAAGGAGUUCUUGCUAAGAGGCUACGAGUACGGACAAGCCUUCCGUGGAAUCUACAAGACGUGCAACUCUGGAGAGCGCGGUUACUUGUAUUGGACCGGAAACUGGGUUACAUUCUUGGACUCGCUUCUUCAAACCGCUCUGCUUGCUGAACGUGCUGACACUCUUCGUCUUCCAACUCGUGUCAGACAUCUCCGCAUCGAUCCAAAUAAGCAUCUCGAUCAUGUUGUUGAAAAGGACGGAAUUCAAGUCAUUGAAUUGAGAAAUGAUCAUGCCACUAAUGGAUGCAUUGCUGGAGGAGUUGAAUGCUGCGACUUGACGGCUCAUACGGUUUCGCGUCGUAUCCAAUGCGCUGGACAAUUGUAUCAUGAGAAAAUUUUCUUCAUUCCACACUUUGACAAGAACUGUCUUUCAAACCAUCAGGAUGUUGCUGACAAGCUCGCUAUGUAUUCUCUUGUUCUCAAACGCGAAUUGACCAAUGGAUUCACUAAAUGGGAAGAGACCGGAGCUUUGAAGAAGCUUAAGAAUGCAGAAUUACUUGAAACCGCGCUUGCUGCUCUUAAAACUCAUGAUUACAAAAUUGUCAACGACGAAAUGGUGCAGCAUUUCUUGCAUGAUGGAAAAUGCACUGUCCUUCAUUACUUCACCGAGCUAUUCAAACUGGAAAACUCGGAUGACUUUGAAGAACAAGUCACCGCCAAGAUGAAGAGUGUUCGCGUCAUCUUUGAGCUUGACAGACUUUGGGCUGGAGCAAACAUUUGCGAUCGCGUUCUCAAGUCUCUUCAAGAUAUUUGCAUUGAAAACUCUGCUGGUCAUCACGUGAAAAUGUCGGCUGUUGAAUUGGUUUCAACAGAUCAACUUCGCCAUUGCAUUGAGGCGAACACUUCUCAUCCACUUUUAGAGGUUGAUUACUCUGCCGUUGGACCAAACGUCGAUAAUCUCGACGACAACACCUUGGAUCAACUUGGAGCCAAAAAAUACAAGAUCACUAUUGACGAGAACUUCACUGGACACAAUGAAAUGAAGAACCUGGACUAUGUUGUCAUCGAUAAAGUAUUGAACAAGAAAGCUCACCCAACGGCUUAUUUACAAGCAUGCAAAAAUCUCAUCCGCGAUGAUGGUUUCCUUCUUGUUAUUGAAGUUACUUCUCAUUACGAAAUCGCACUCGCCAUUGAAGGCCUUCUUGGAAACGAUGUCGCAGUUGAAGUUGAUGAAAACCGUCGUCAUUACAAAGCGUUCCUUGACCAUGAACAGCUCUUGGAUAUAUUCCAACAGGCUGGACUCCGGUUGUGCAACUUCCAAAGUGACCCAACCAUGAUGACCACUACAUAUGUUGUUCGCAAAAUUCCGACUAUCCCGCGCGAACCAGCCUUCAUUGAUGUUGAUGAUAUCCACGAGUUCACUUGGAUUGAGCCACUCCAAAAGAUUAUUGAGGAACGUUUGAAUGAGCCCGAUUACAAGACAAUUUGGCUUGUUAGUAACAAAGUUCGCAACAAUGGUGUCGUCGGAUUGUCGCUGUGCUUCGUUGAAGAAAAUCUGAAAGCGAAUCGCUUCCGCUCCGCUUUCGACAUGUCCAAUACCAAGGCUAUUCGUGAAGGACCACCGCAAUGGAAACUUGGAGACGAGAAUGUUGAUAAAAUCGUUGAACUUGAUCUUCACGCUAACAACUACAAGGAUGGCGUCUGGGGAUCAAUGCGCCACAUCGUUGUCAAAGACGAAGAGGCUCACGUCUACAAGGAUUGCGAGCACGCUUUCAUCAACACAUUGACAAGAGGAGAUGUCUCAUCUCUUACCUGGUUCGAGUCACCAAACCAAUACUUCGAUGCCAUCGCAAAUAAGAAGGCCUCGCAUGAACUAUGUUCGGUCUACUACGCUCCAAUCAACUUCCGUGAUAUAAUGCUUGCUUAUGGACGAUUGCCACCAGAUGCCAUCCCAGGAAACUUCGCUGAUCGUGAAUGCCUACUUGGAAUGGAAUUCUCUGGAAGACUUAAAGAUGGAACUCGACUCAUGGGAAUCUUGCCGGCUCAAGCUCUUGCCACUAGUGUUAUGGUUGAUCGUGACUACGCUUGGGAGGUUCCGGCCAACUGGAGUUUGGCUGAGGCUUCGACUGUUCCAGUCGUUUACACCACCGCCUACUAUGCUCUUGUUCGACGUGGACAAAUGAAGAAAGGAGACCGUGUGCUUAUUCACGGUGGAGCAGGAGGAGUCGGACAAGCCGCAAUUGCCAUUGCAUUGGCUGCCGGUUGCGAAGUCUUCACCACCGUGGGAUCGACCGAAAAGAGAGAAUACUUGAAGAAAAAAUUCCCACAACUUCAACCGCAUCAUUUUGCGAACUCUCGUUCUGCUGAUUUCGAGUUGCACAUCAGACAACACACCAAGGGGCGUGGAGUCAACAUUGUUCUUAACUCUCUUGCGAAUGAAAUGCUGCAAGCUUCCCUUCGUUGCUUGGCUCGUCAUGGACGAUUCCUUGAGAUUGGAAAGGUCGAUUUGGCUCAGAACUCAUCUCUCGGAAUGUCGAAAUUGCUCGACAAUGUUUCUGUUCAUGGAAUCCUUCUCGAUUCGAUCAUGGACCCAACCGUCGGAGACAUCGAAGAGUGGAAAGAAGUCGCUAAGCUUCUCGAGCAAGGAAUCAAGAGCGGAGUUGUUCAGCCACUUCAUUCGCACAUCUUCACUUCUGACAAGGCUGAGGAAGCUUUCCGUUUCAUGUCUGCCGGAAAGCACAUCGGAAAAGUCAUCAUGGAGAUUCGCCAGGAAGAAAAACAACUCGUUUGCCCGCCAUCCAAGAUUUCGGUCAAAGCAAUUUGCCGUACUCUUUGCCACCCACAACAUGUUUACCUCAUUACUGGAGGACUCGGAGGUUUUGGACUUGAGUUGGCUCAAUGGCUCAUCAACCGUGGAGCUCGGAAGCUUGUCCUUACUUCUCGUAGUGGAAUUCGUACCGGAUAUCAAGCUCGUUGUGUGCACUUCUGGAGAAGAACUGGUGUCUCCGUUCUCAUUUCGACUCUCAACAUCGCUAAGGCUUCCGAUGCUGUUGAACUUGUUCGCCAAUGUCAAUCAAUGGGAUCAGUUGGAGGAGUUUUCCACUUGGCUAUGGUUCUACGCGAUUGUCUCUUCGAGAACCAGAACGUGCAAAACUUCAAGGAUGCCGCUGAAGCAAAGUACUACGGAACCCUUAAUCUUGAUCAAGCAACGCGCAACCAUUGCGAUCGAGAUGCGUUGAAAUGGUUCGUUGUCUUCUCAUCGAUUACAUCUGGACGUGGAAACGCGGGACAGACCAACUAUGGAUGGUCAAACUCGACAAUGGAGAGAAUGAUCGAGCAUCGCCGCGCUGAUGGAUAUCCAGGAAUCGCCAUCCAAUGGGGAGCUAUUGGAGAUGUCGGAGUUAUUCUUGAGAACAUGGGAGACAACAAUACUAUUGUUGGUGGAACCCUUCCGCAGAGAAUGCCGUCUUGCUUGACUUCAUUGGACCUCUUCCUUUCAUGGAAUCACCCAAUUGUGUCGUCGUACAUCAAGGCUGACAUGGGAGCAAAGAAGAGCAGCGGAGGUGGAAACUUAAUGCAAACCAUCGCCCAUAUUCUUGGAGUCAACGAUAUCUCUCAACUUAACCCUGAUGCCAAUCUUGGAGAUCUUGGACUUGACUCCUUGAUGGGAGUCGAAAUCAAACAAGCUCUUGAGAGAGACUACGACAUCGUUCUUUCAAUGAAGGAUAUCAGAACUCUGACGUUGAACAAACUCCAGCAAUUGGCUGAGAACGGAGGAACUGGAACCCAAUCGCUUCAGUCAACCGAGCUUGAAAUGAAGAAGGAAGGAGAACGCGAAGCAGAACUCAACACCGUCGAAAUGCUUGAGAAACAAAUGAACCAAUUGUUCAAAAUGCGUGUCGAUGUCAACGAUCUUGACCCUCAAGACAUGGUUGUCAAGGCGAACAAAGUUGAGGAGGGACCAAUCACAUUCUUCGUUCAUUCCAUCGAAGGAAUCGCGACUCCGUUGAAGCGAGUCAUGUCGAAGUGCACAUUCCCAGUUUAUUGCUUCCAGUCGACCAAAGAAGUCCCGCAAAGUUCAAUUGAAGAUGUUGCCAAGUGCUACAUUCGUGAAAUGAAGAAGAUCCAACCACAAGGACCAUACAGAAUUGUUGGUUAUUCAUACGGAGCGUGCAUUGGAUUUGAGAUGGCUUGCAUGCUGCAAAACUCGGAUGGUCAAGAUUCCGUGGAGAAGCUCAUUCUUCUUGACGGAUCUCAUCUCUAUAUGCAGACCUACAGAAACGUAUACCGUAUGGCAUUCGGAGUUACUGGCGACACUUUGGUCAACAAUCCACUCUUCGAAUCGGAAAUUAUGUGCGCCAUGACAUUGCGAUUCGCCAACGUCGACUACAAGAAGUUCCGUGUUGAACUGCUUCAGCAACGCGGAUUCAAGGCUCGUGUUCAGAAAGUUGUCGACACCGUCAUGACCACCGGACUCUUCAAGUCUCCAGACACGGUUGCUUUCGCCUGCGAAGCAAUGCAUGCGAAAUUCUUGAUGGCGGACAAGUACAAGCCAGCCAGAAAGUUCAAUGGACACAUCACACUUAUUCGAGCAGAACAAGGAGCAGCACGUGAAGAGGACGUCGGACAAGAUUAUGGAAUCAGCCAAGUUUCAGAGGAUUCAAAGGUAUUUGUUGUCGAAGGAGACCACGACACAUUUGUGCAAGGAAAGAGCUCAGCCAAGACAGUCAGCAUCAUCAACGAGUUGAUUCUGAAUAAGCUAUAA